AUGGCUAAUACUGAUAGUAUCAGUAAUCUUGACAUAAACAGUAUCAGUGAUGAUGGUUCUGUCAAGAAUUUUUCUGCUAUCUGGCCAAUGUCAACAUCUGGACUGAAUGCAAAAGGCCAAUUUGCCAUUCUAUAUAAUGGAAGCAUGUGUGUAUAUGAUGGAAUUCCUGCAGAAAAGGUGCAAGAAAUAAUGAUGAUGGCUGCUGCCACUGCCAAGUCUUCUGAAAUGAAAAGUGGAAUUCCAUUCACUUCACUCUUUUCCAGUGCCACACCUUCUUCUCCCCAAGGAACUUCUAACAAUGUGCCUUCUCCUCCAUCAGUCUGUUUUCCUGCUGCUGACAAGAGUUCCAUUUGCAGGAUGCAAGAAUUUCCAUUAGCACGGAGACAAUCACUUCAAAGUUUUCUUGAGAAGAGAAAGAUCAGAGUACGUAGCAAAGCACCUUAUAGCUCUUCAUCAUCAAAAGGAGUUAGCAACAUUGACAACAACUUCAACACAGCAUUGGUUCCUUCCACUUGA